AUGCCCUUCACUCAUCAUAGCCACUCCGGGCAAUUCUGCCCUGGUCACGCCAAAGACAACCUGGAAGCAAUCAUCCAGCUGGCCAUCUCCAAGAAAUUCCACACCUUCUGCCUGACUGAACACAUGCCCCGCCAUGAAGAAGAUUUCUACCCAGAAGAGAUCGAAGCCGGCGACACCGAAUCCAGCCACGUAGCCAACGAAGCAGCCUACUUCGCCGAAGCCACGCGCCUCCGAUCCAAAUACGCCGAUCAAAUCAACAUCCUCAUCGGGUUCGAGAUCGACUGGAUCCGGCCGGGCUCGCGACAGCUAAUCGAGGAGUCUCUAUCGCGGCACCCCUUCGAGUUCUUCAUGGGUUCCGUGCACCAUACGCUGACCGUGCCUAUUGACUAUGACCGACCACUGUACGAGAAAGCGCGUACGCUAGCCGGCGGGACAGACGAGUUACUCUUCGAGGCAUACUUUGACGAGCAGUUGGAUAUGCUGAAGCAAGUGAAGCCGGUAGUAGUGGGGCAUUUCGAUCUGAUCCGGUUGAAGAGCGAUGAUCCCGAUCGGAGCUUUCAGCAGUAUCCUCGGGUCUGGGAGAAGAUUCUACGGAAUUUGGACUACGUGGCGGGAUACGGGGGAUUGUUGGAGGUGAAUUCGGCAGCGUUGAGGAAGGGCAUGAAGGAGCCGUAUCCGAAUGGGGAGAUUUGUCAGGAAUUUCUGGCUCGCGGGGGCAGGUUUUGUCUGUCGGAUGAUAGUCAUGGAUUGGAGCAGGUUGGGCUGAAUUUCCAUCGCGUGGUGCCGUUCUUGGAGCAGGUGGGUGUGUCAAAGCUGCAUUAUCUGGGAUUGGGGGAGGGUGGUGGUGAUGAUGCGCCCGUUGAUGCACGGUUUCCGAGGACGCAGAUCAAGGAGGUGUCGUUGGAGGAGGUGAAGAAGAUGUCGUUUUGGGGGUAA